UGGGGAAGGUCUGUGUCGUAUAUAAAUAUCCAGAAAAAACCCUCAUGUUCCCACUCGCAGAUCCACGACAGCAGCGCCCAGUCCAAACCCUAGCGCUCGGAAAAGGGAGGAGUGAGAAGCAAGGUUUCUGUCACCUCACUCCUCCACCACAACAACCCAGCCAAGGCCUCAGGUUUUAAGGAGAUCCAUCGAUCAGAAAUGGCGCAGCAAGCCCCAGCUGGAUCAACCCAUGCGGCCCAAGUUGUUGGGAACGCUUUUGUGCACCAAUACUACCAUAUCCUGCAUCAGUCCCCAGAGCUUGUUUUCCGGUUUUAUCAGGAUAUUAGUAAGCUUGGUCGUCUCGAGGAAAAUGGGAUCAUGGGUGUUACCACAACAAUGGAAGCAAUCAAUGAGAAGAUACUCUCACUUAACUACGGGGACUUGAUUGCCGAGAUUAAGUCUGUGGAUGCCCAAGAAUCUUUUGGAGGGGGAGUCCUUGUCCUUGUAACUGGGUAUUUGACAGGGAAAGACAAUAGGAGCCGAGAUUUUACUCAGUCCUUCUUUCUUGCACCUCAAGACAAAGGCUACUUUGUCUUGAAUGACUUAUUCAGAUACAUUGAAGAUGUCAAAUACCAGGAUGGAAAUCCAGGUCUGGUGAGUGAGGUGGAAGCUCCUCUUACUCCUGAACAAGAUCCUUCUCCGGUGCAAGAGAAUCAUAUUUUGGAACCGACACCAGAAGUGCCAGAGGAGGUUAAUGAGGAAGUCUAUAACCCUAGUGAGAAUGGGGAGGCUUCAGUUGAGGAAGAGGAAGCACCAGUGGCUGAGGUUGUUGAUGAAAUCCAGGAUGAUCAGAUGGUGACCAUAUCUGAUUCCAAAAUCUUAGAAGUGCCAAAGAAGUCAUAUGCUUCCAUUGUGAAGGUAAUGAAGGAAAGCUCUGUGCCUUUCUCAAGUCCUACCCCUCCCCCUUCGAGGCCUGUACCAAAGAUUCAAGAGCAGCAAGUGACAGUUGCACCAUUGCCAACACCAGGAGCUGAGGCAAAUGCUAUUGAAAAUGGGAAUAACCAAGAUGGAGAAGCGGAUGGUCAUUCUAUCUACAUAAGGGGUUUGCCUUCAAAUGCCACACCUGCUUUACUUGAGGACGAAUUCAAGAAGUUUGGACCUAUUAAGAGUGGUGGUGUUCAAGUUAGAAGCAACAAGCAAGGAUUUUGCUUUGGCUUUGUGGAGUUCGAGGUGGCAAGUGCCGUUCAAAGUGCAAUGGAGGCUUCACCCAUUACAAUUGGUGGGCGUCAAGCUUUUGUUGAGGAAAAGAGGUCUACAAACAGUUCUAGAGUGAACAACAGAACACGCUUUUCAAACGGAAGGGGAGUUGUAUUCAGGAAUGAGGGAGGUAGAGGACGCGGAAACUAUGGAGGUAACAGAGGAUAUAACCGAGGUGAUUUCAAUAGCAGGAGCGAUUUUGGAAACAGGGGCAGUCGGGGAGGAUUUCCAAAUCGUGGAGGUGAUGGAUAUCAGAGGACCGAUCAUGUGGGGAGCAAUGGUGGCCGUGUGAACCGUGCUAGUGGCUUGACUGUUAAUGCUGCAGCCAAAACUACAGCACCAAGGGUAUCUGCCUCUGCCUGAAGAAGUUGGUUGAAAAGGAGGUUGGUGAGUUCUUAAAGGAAAUUAGGUUUCAGCACCUGCUGAUCCUUUUUGUGGAUGAGGCGUUCGGAAGUUUCUUUACAAUUUUCUCUAACCUUUUGUCCAAUUUUUGCUCUCUAUUUUGGGUGGUUAUAGUUGGAUGUUGGAUAAUUUAAUUAGUUUGUUGUCUAGUAUACUAAUGCCAUCUGUAGUUCCCUCAGAGGGGGUGGGGGGUGGAGGGGGUUGUCGUUUGUCAUUUGUGGUUAGGUUGUAUUCUUAGCCCUGUUGUGAGGGCCUUUGUUAGUUAAAAUUUUUUUAGGGCUGUUGAUCGUUGUGAAAUGACGAUAUGGUUCUGGAUAUAGGUCAUUUUUGUUCUUGGUUUUGCAGAAACAGCUUAAUAGAUGUUUUAAUCAUCUUCUGCCUCAA